AUGUUCCCCCUGCAGCGUCCCCGGCCAUGUUCUCCAGCCGAUACCGGCAUCAUUCUUCAAGUUUCUGUUCCCUGCAAGCAUCGGUACGUACGGGGGGGGGGGGGCGGCGGGCGGGAAUUUAAAAAAUGUAAAAAUUUGACAUUACUGUAUCAAACCAUUUCACAUACAUUUUGUCCCUAGUGCUUUGUCCUGUGCCCUGCCUGCAUUUUUACUGUUCUUUCUGCCUGGAAACUGAGAAAAGUCCAUGGCGUCCAAAAAGUGUCCCUUUAGGUCAAAAGCGGUUUUAGACCAGCUAAAGAACAGCGAUAGUAAAUUAGAACUACUUGCAGAAUUGA